AUGCUCCUAUCCUACCUUUGCUCCCUCCAGAACGGGCUGAACGCCUUGCACCUGGCCUCCAAGGAGGGCCAUGUGAAAAUGGUGGUGGAGCUGCUGCACAAGGAGAUCAUUUUGGAGACAAUGACCAAGAAGGGAAACACAGCCCUGCACAUUGCUGCCCUGGCUGGACAACAGGACGUGGUCCGGGAACUGGUGAACUACGGGGCCAACGUCAAUGUGCAGUCACAGAAAGGCUUCACACCCCUCUACAUGGCAGCACAGGAAAACCACCUGGAAGUUGUCAAGUUCUUGCUGGAAAAUGGAGCCAACCAGAAUGUAGCCACAGAGGACGGCUUCACGCCACUAGCUGUGGCUCUGCAGCAAGGGCAUGAGAACGUGGUUGCUCACCUUAUCAACUAUGGGACAAAGGGUAAGGUCCGCCUGCCUGCCCUUCACAUUGCAGCCCGCAACGAUGACACUCGCACAGCUGCCGUGCUGUUGCAGAAUGAUCCCAAUGCUGACGUCCUCUCCAAGACUGGAUUUACCCCCUUGCACAUUGCAGCCCACUACGAGAAUCUCAGUGUCUUUUUUUUCCGUGGAGCCAGUGUCAACUUCACACCCCAGAAUGGGAUUACUCCCCUGCACAUAGCUUCUCGCCGGGGCAACAUCAUCAUGGUACGGCUGCUGCUGGAUCGUGGGGCCCAGAUAGAGACAAGGACCAAGGAUGAGUUGACCCCUCUCCACUGUGCAGCUCGCAAUGGACAUGUGCGAAUUGCAGAGAUCCUGCUGGACCACGGGGCUCCCAUUCAAGCCAAAACCAAGAAUGGCUUGUCGCCGAUCCACAUGGCAGCGCAGGGCGACCACCUGGACUGCGUGCGCCUGCUGCUGCAGUACAGUGCCGAGAUUGACGACAUCACCCUGGAUCACCUAACGCCACUGCAUGUGGCUGCGCACUGCGGGCAUCACCGGGUGGCCAAGCUGCUGGUGGAGAAGGGGGCCAAGCCCAACUCCCGAGCCCUGAAUGGCUUCACACCCCUCCAUAUUGCCUGCAAGAAGAACCACAUCCGGGUGAUGGAGCUGCUGCUGAAGACAGGUGCCUCCAUUGAUGCCGUCACGGAGUCCGGCCUGACCCCCCUGCAUGUGGCCGCCUUCAUGGGGCACCUGCCCAUCGUCAAGACCCUGCUGCAGCGUGGAGCCUCUCCUAAUGUGUCCAAUGUGAAAGUGGAGACGCCCCUACACAUGGCAGCCAGAGCUGGGCACACGGAUGUGGCAAAGUAUCUGCUGCAGAACAAAGCCAAAGCCAAUGCCAAGGCCAAGGAUGACCAGACUCCUCUGCACUGUGCUGCACGCAUCGGCCACACUGGCAUGGUCAAACUCCUGCUGGAGAACAACGCCAACCCCAACCUGGCCACAACAGCAGGGCACACGCCCCUGCACAUCACCGCCAGAGAGGGGCAUGUGGACACGGCUGUGGCCCUGCUAGAGAAGGGCGCCUCACAGACCUGCAUGACCAAGAAAGGAUUCACGCCUCUCCACGUUGCAGCCAAGUACGGGAAGGUGGAUGUGGCAGAGCUGCUGCUAGCAUGUGACGCUCACCCCAGUGCCGCAGGGAAGAACGGCCUGACCCCGCUGCAUGUGGCUGUGCACCACAACAACCUGGAGAUUGUCAAGCUGCUGCUUCCCAAGGGGAGCUCCCCGCACAGCUCAGCCUGGAACGGGUACACCCCCCUGCACAUUGCUGCCAAGCAAAACCAGAUGGAGGUGGCCAGCAGCUUGCUGCAGUACGGGGCUUCUGCAAAUGCGGAGUCUGUGCAGGGAGUCACCCCCCUACACCUGGCUUCCCAGGAGGGGCAUGCAGACAUGGUGGCUCUGCUUUUCUCCAAACAAGCCAACGGCGACCUAGGCAACAAGAGUGGCCUGACUCCUCUCCAUCUCGUGGCCCAAGAGGGGCAUGUGCUGGUUGCUGAUGUUCUGGUGAAACACGGCGUCACAGUGGAUGCAACAACCAGGAUGGGCUAUACCCCGCUGCAUGUGGCCAGCCACUAUGGGAACAUCAAGCUGGUGAAGUUUUUGCUGCAGCACCAGGCUGAUGUCAAUGCCAAGACUAAGCUGGGCUACACCCCUCUGCACCAAGCGGCACAGCAGGGCCACACGGAUGUUGUGACACUGCUGCUGAAGCAUGGUGCCUCUCCCAAUGAGAUCAGCACAAAUGGCACCACUCCCCUGGCCAUCGCAAAGCGGCUUGGCUACAUUUCCGUCACAGACGUGCUCAAGAUCGUCACAGAGGAAACCGACAUCCCGUCAGUUGGUGACAAGCACCGUAUGAGCUUCCCGGAGACUGUAGAUGAGAUUCUGGACGUGUCAGAGGAUGAAGGCACUGCUCAUGUCACAGUAAUGGAGGAGGAGCUGAUUGCACCAAAGCCCAGGACACCUGAUCCCAGGGACCAGGAGGGCAAGAGGGAGAUGCUGGAGUUUGUGACCACAAUGACACUGGAGCAAACGCUCAGCACCCCCAAAUAGGAUCCUGUGCCCAUGGGGGCUCUUCCCUGUCUUACACAGCCCUCCAAGGAGUUCGACGAGGACUCCCUGAUCCCCAGCAGCCCCGCCACCGAGACCUCGGAUAACAUCAGCCCGGUGGCCAGCCCCGUGCACACAGGGUUCCUGGUGAGCUUCAUGGUGGAUGCCCGUGGCGGCUCCAUGCGUGGCAGCCGGCACCAUGGACUGCGUGUGGUCAUCCCAUCCCGCGCCUGCGCUGCGCCGACCCGCAUCACCUGCCGCCUGGUGAAGCCCCAAAAGCUGCCUGCUCCCCCACCGCUGGCUGAGGAGGAGGGUCUGGCCAGCCGGAUCAUUGCCCUGGGGCCUGCCGGUGCCCAGUUCCUCAGCCCCGUCAUUGUGGAGAUCCCACACUUUGCCUCGUAUGGGCGCGGAGACCGUGAGCUGGUGGUGUUGCGCAGCGAGAACGGCUCUGUCUGGAAGGAGCAUCGCAACCGCUAUGAGGAGAGCUACAUAGACCAGCUGCUCAACGGCAUGGAUGAGGAGCUGGAGAGCUUGGAGGAGCUGGAGAAGAAGAGAGUCUGCCGCAUCAUCACCACCGACUUCCCUCUCUACUUCGUGGUCAUGUCCCGGAUUUGCCAGGACUGCGAUCUGAUCGGCCCCGAGGGAGGGUGUUUGAAAAGCACACUGGUGCCCAUGGUACAGGCCACCUUCCCAGACACCGCUGUCACCAAGAGAGUGAGGCUGGCCCUGCAGGCACAGCCUGUGCCAGAUGAGCUGGUGACUAAGCUGCUGGGGAACCAGGCAACCUUCAGCCCCAUCGUCACGGUGGAGCCACGCCGGAGGAAGUUCCACCGCCCCAUUGGCCUCCGCAUCCCACUGCCACCAUCCUGGAAGGACAAUCCCCGAGACAGCGGCGAGGGUGACACCACCAGCCUGCGCCUCCUCUGCAGUGUGAUCGGAGGGACAGCCCAAGCCCAGUGGGAAGACAUAACAGGCACCACAAAGCUGGUCUAUGAAAAUGAGUGUGCUAACUUUACCACUAAUGUGUCUGCCAGGUUCUGGCUGGCCGACUGCCCACGCACAGCCGAGGCCGUGCACUUUGCCACAAUGCUGUACAAGGAGCUGACGGCCGUGCCCUACAUGGCUAAAUUCGUGGUGUUUGCCAAGAUGAAUGAUGCACGGGAAGGCCGGCUGCGCUGCUACUGCAUGACUGAUGACAAGGUUGACAAGACUUUAGAGCAGCAUGAAAACUUCACUGAGGUGGCCCGCAGCAGGGACAUUGAGGUGGUAGAGGGGAUGCCUUUGCACGUCGAACUCUCAGGGAACCUGGUGCCUGUCAAGAAGGCCACUCAGCCCCGCACUUUCCUCUUCCAGUCCUUCCGGGAGAAUCGUCUCGCCAUCCCCAUCAAGGUUCGGGACAGCAGCCGGGAAGCCAGUGGUUCCCUGUCUUUCUUGCGCAAGGCCAUGAAAUAUGAGGACCUCCAGCAUGUGCUCUGCCACCUGAACAUCAGCAUACCACCCUGCACCAAGGGAAGCGGCAGUGAGGAGCGGAGAAGGACACUGACGCCGUUGUCUCUGCGGGAGCGAUACAGCAUCCUAAGCGAGACCAGUUUCGGCUCUCUGAGCAGCACAGACAAGGCAGACCAGAAGAUGGUCGACAUAGCAGAACAGCUGGGCCUCAGCUGGGCCGAGCUGGCACGUGAGCUGCAGUUCGGGGUGGACGACAUCAACAGGAUACGUGUGGAGAACCCCAACUCCCUGCUGGAGCAGAGCAUAGCCUUACUCAACCUCUGGGUCAGCCGCGAGGGCAAGAGUGUCAAGAUCGAGAGUCUGUACACAGCGCUGAGGAACAUCGACCGCAGUGAGAUUGUCAACACGUUGGAGGGCUCUGGCCGGCAGAGCCGCAGCCUGAAGGGCAGCUGGCGCUACACAGACAGAGACUACUCCCUCUCGCCAUCCCAGAUGAAUGGUUACGCUUCGCUGCAGGACGAGCUGCUGUCCCCUGCCUCCUUGCAUUACACGCUGCCAUCCCCACUGCGUGCCGACCAGUACUGGAAUGAGGUGGCCAUCAUGGAUGCUAUCCCCAUGGCUGCCACUGAGCAGGAUGCCCUGAUGGAGAUGUCCGACAUGCAGGUGUGGUCCUCAGGGCUCACCCCCUCGCUGGUGACUGCUGAGGACUCCUCUCUGGAGUGCAGCAAGGCCGAGGACUCGGACGCCACAAGCGAAGGCCGUUUCCCAGGGCAGCUUCUAGCAGACACGCAUGGCCCAGACCACAUGGGCUCUAUGGACCUGGUUGAGGAUGACACAGUGGACUCAGAUGCCAUGAAUGGCCUGAUUGACCUUCUAGAGCAGGAGGAGGGGCAGAGACCAGAGGGGAAGAUGCAAGCCGGUGAUCGCCAGCCAGGGACCGGGGAGCAGGACCCGGAGAGUGAAGUCUCUUUUGUUUCAGUUCAGCAGAAGGUGCAAGCCAGGAUCACGGCAUCACCUACCGUUAGCCACAUCGUGGAGAAGAGCACAGACAGGCUGAGGGACUGGAAUGCAGAAGGCUCCUUUAUCUCCUGCCUACAGGACCUGACAGCGGGCUCCUGGCAGGAGGGGGUCACCCGAAGGCUGCUUCCGAAGCACACCACGGCCUCCGGGGCACAGGGCCAGGAGCCAGAGCAGCCAGCCUCCCUGCCUGCUUCCUUAUUGAGUAUCUGCCCUGGCCACUGGCCCAGCAGCCUGCUGGAGCCAGAAAUAGAGCUGGUCUGGGGGCCAGACUGGGUGGUGGUCAUCUUGCCACGGCCACAUGGAGCUGGCAGGAUGUGGGCUUUCCUGGCCCAGUUGCUGAUUGCCCUGGUGCUGCUAGCCUUUUUCCUGGUGAGCUGCCAGAAUGUCAUGCACAUCGUCAGGGGCUCUGUCCGCUUCCUGCUCAAACAUGCCCACCGCGAGCUGGACAAGGAGCUCGGGGAAAGCCAGGGGCUGGCGGAUGACGAGGAGACUCUCUCCACCAGGGUUGUCCGUCGGCGUGUCCUUGUGAAGGGGAACGAAGUCCUUCAUCUCCCUGGAGAGCAGGUGACUGAGGAGCAGUUCACAGAUGAUCAAGGCAAUAUCAUUACCAAGAAGGUCAUCCGGAAGGUAGUGCGUCAGCUGGGCCCUGGUGACACGGAUGACAGGCAGGAGCAGGAGGACCUGAUUCUGGAGGGUUCCCUGCAGGAUCCCCAAGACCUGGAAGCUGAGGAUGAUCACUUCAUGAAAUACUCCAUCCUGCACCGGGACGGUCUGGGGACCAAGGAUCUCACCUCAACACCAAACCACUGAACUCCACACACGUUCUGACACAUACCUGAGAAGAGAGGAGAGGAAAGCAGAGAAUGGAGGGGAGCAGGGCUGGCUGUACAUGUUUCUAUAGGCUAAUGGCAUGAUUUCUGUAUGAGACAUACUUACUGUCCUAUCCGCAUGACUGACUGACUGCAAGACGCAUGAGCUACAGUACUUAAAACUGACGGAGGGCCUCCGUCCCUGCCCCGCUGCUGCCAGGAGCCCAGAGACAGCAGCAUGCACCAGGGGCAUCCUCUCAGCUCCUCUGGGAGGCAAGAGCUGGAAUGGCAGAAAACAAGAGGGAAGGAGACUCCACCCUCACGCAUUUGCGUGUGUAAAUGCAUCCCCAUGCCCGUGCUCCAGCUGCAAGAGGGAAGCUGGGGCAGCACAGCACGGCUCACCAUGGAAGGAGAGGGGCUCGACCCCCUG